GCCUCUUACUCUCAUUCCCUCUCUCCCCACUUCCAACCAUUUUACUUAUUUCUCACGCUCUCUAGCUUUCAAAAGAAAAAAGAGAAAAAAGAAAAAAAAAGUCACCGACGGGGACACCUGUACUCGUAGGUUGAGUGAGGCAGAGAAAAAGAAAGGUUGUUAAGAAAUUCCCCAUUCCCAGGCUUGCACGGUAUUCCCUACCCCGCUUCUUUUUCGUCCGUGUCCGUUCUUUCAUUCUCUUCCUUCCCUUUCCUCUGCUGUGUGUUGUGGUAACGUAUCCCUCUCAUACUUGUGCUUCCAUUCUUUUCUGCCCUCCCUCCAUCCUUAAAAAAAACAAAGUUACCGGCUCCCAGCUCCUUGGGUCCGUAUAUAAUCCUGUUCGGGGGCCACAAUACAAAGUGGAAGAUUUUUUUUUUCCAUAAAAGUUGCACAGCUGCCCUUUCGCCUUUUAUUCGCCUUCCAUUUUAUCCAUCCCGUACCUGACACUCUCCCGAAGACCUGGGUCCGCUCAUCCUUUCAGGUUAUUCGUUACCUGUUUCGCGGAAGGAAGGAACAAACUCGACUGCAUCUAUAAUUGCCAACUUCAACUCGCCGGAUUCUUUUUUACUACCAUCUACUCUUCUCAUCUAAUUUGCUUCUAUCAUCUGUUAGCCACUAGGCGAGCGAUAUUAAUCGAUGAGUGGACGACCUGUGGGUAGGGCACUUCCGCCCUUCGAUAGCACUAUGAAUGAACCCGUGAGUGGGGCACUCCCGCCCCUCGAUAGCACUAUGAGUGGACAACCCGUGGGUGGGGCACUUCCGCCCUUCGAUAGCACUAUGAGUGAACGACCCGUGGGUGGGGCACUCCCGCCCCUCGAUAGCACUGUGAGUGGACAACCCGUGAGUAGGGCACCUCCGCCCCUCGAUAGCACGAUGAGUGGUCAAUCCGUGGGUGCGGCACUUCCGCCCCUUGAUUGCACGAAUAUUGAGGUGGACUCUGGGAUGGACUAUCAUGAAAGUGAUGAGGAUCAAGUUCCGAGUGGGUGCGUGUCGAUAACGUCUAGUGUAGUCGACUACCAGUACGAACAUGGUCGCCGAUACCAUUCUUAUUCGCAGGGCAAUUAUCCAAUGCCGAAUGAUGAGACGGAGCAGGAUCGGCUCGAUAUGCACCAUCAAAUCUUUCUGAAAAUGUUGAAUGGGAGAUUGUUUCUCGCGCCGCUAGAUCGGAAUCCACCCAAACGAAUUUUGGACAUCGGCACGGGAACUGGGAUUUGGGCGCUCGAUAUGGCGGAACACUUUCCGCAUGCUCAUGUCAUAGGAACUGACUUAAGCCCCAUUCAACCGACAAUGGUCCUACCGAACUGCCGUUUUGAGGUCGACGAUGCAGAACUUGAAUGGACGUGGCCACCGGGCCAUUUCGACUUUAUACACUCUCGACUUCUUGGCCAAAGCAUCAAGAACUGGGAAACCUACCUCGCCCAAAUGUUCCACCACCUGAAGCCUGGUGGCUAUGUAGAGCUGAUCGAGCACUUAAUGGACGUCCGUAGCGACGAUGGUAGUUAUCCUGAGAAUUGUGCUCUGCGCCAAUACAUGCACAAUCUCAAUCUAGCACUGGAGCAGAUGGGUCUACCCGCUAUCGCCACAAAGCUAAGGCAAUUAGUCACCAACGCCGGAUUUGUAAAUGUCACGGAGGAAGUCCGCAACAUGCCCUGGGGCCCCUGGCCCAGGGACCCUAGGAUGAAAGAAAUAGGGUACUGGGCGUUGCUCAAUUCAGAUAGCUCUUUCGAGGCAUACGGGCUAGCGUCAUUCACGCGGGUGCUAGGAAUGACAGGGGAGGAAGCCAGAGAACUUUGUACAAGGGCUCAAAGGGAUCUCAAGAAUAAACACAUUCAUGUGUACAAUCCAAAUUACUUUAUCGUUGCCAGAAAGCCCUUCAUUUAACUUGCGCCCCACUCAUCUGCUCCCGGACAUUUUAUUUUUUCUCUUUUAUUUUCAUUAUAUCAAAUUUCGUAUUCUCCAUAGUGACAGGUGUUGCUAUGGCUACCACCCCGAGGCACCACCCGUGGUGAUUAGCAGAUUGAUGUCAAAACUCUGGUUCAUUGAGGUAUGCCGCAUGCCGUGGAUCCUAGAUGAUAAACGUGCGGGAGUUCAUACACAUUUUCCUUUCCUCGCAUUUCCUUUCAGUUCUCGUUUUUUAUCCUGGGGGUUUUCAUCUUAUAUCAUAGGCGUGAAGGAGUCGGGGGAAGAAUGGCUAGUCUUCUUCUCCUUAAUUCUUUUUUUCUUUUCUUUUACUUGUCACCAUUACCAUCUGAUAGGAUCUCAUUCUAGCCAUUCAUAAUUUGUAAAUGAAGUUAUGACCUGCCUAUUGAGUUUUGCUUGUAUAUAUCAAGAGCAUAGGCGUUUUUGGUAUUAUUUUUUAAUUUUUUUCUCUUAUGAUUUAUCUCGCUAGGUGCUCACUUUAUUUGAUAAGGUU